CUCACUCACUCACUCACUCCCUCACUCCCUCCACAUGGGGCUGAAGUGUCACUGGUGAUCUCCUCUGCUCGUCAUGGAUCAGAUGUUGUCCACAGCUCAGCAGAUGCUGCAGGACAGUCGCUCCAAGAUCGAGCUGAUCCGACUGCAGAUUAUCAAAGUGGCUCAGGCUGGAGGCAGCAGCAGCAGCAGCAGCAGCAGCAGCAGCAGCAGCAGCAGCAGCAGCAGCGGAGGUGAUGGUGAUGGAGGUGGAGACAACAACAGCUCCACUAACAGAGAGGUUCCUCCGGUGAGCAUCAGUCCUGCUGGCGCUCGUCUGGCAGAGCUGCAGCACCACGUCCAGAGAGAGACGGACGCUCUGGUGUUGGCCAAAGAUGUGGUCAAGCAGCUGGAGGGAAUCUCCUCCCUGGACCAGAAGGCACUGACCGAGGCUCAGUCACGAGUGCUCGACUCCUCCCAGAAACUGGACCUCCUGCGCCUGUCGCUUGACAAACGUCUGAAAGACACGAGCCACACAGAGCCUCCACAGCAGCAGCAGCAGCCGCCAGCAGGGGGCGCCGACCCUUCAGAGGAACCCUUGACCACCCAGAUCAACAGACCUGAGUGUCCUCUGUCCACCUUCUCCAUGAGACCUGCAUCCUUAACUGGUAAACUUGAAGUCCGGCUUCUGGGAUGUGAGGACUUACUGUCAGACACAGCGCAGGACAAAUGUCCAACAAAGGACAGUCCACCAGCUGCUCACAGGACAGAUGGACAUCAAGCAGAGGUCGCUGCUGUGCUCAGGCUGGACGGCAGGCUGGUCGGCCGGACUCGGUGGGCAGCGGUCAGCAGACAGAGCUGGGACCAGGUGUUCUUUAUUCAGCUGGAGCGGUCUCGAGAGCUGGAGGUGGGAGUCUUCUGGAGGGACAGGAGAGAGAUGUGUGCUGUCAAGUUCCUGCGACUGGAAGAGAUGAUGGACAAACAGAACCAGAACCAGAACCAGGGUCUGAGUCUGGAGCCACAGGGUCUCCUCUACGCCAAGCUUGGGUUUGUUGACACGGUUGUGGAGCGUCAGCCCAAACUGAGACGUCAGCGCUGCAUCUUCACUAAAGAACGAGGGAAGAACUUCCUCAGAGCUGCUCAGAUGAACAUGAACUUUGCCACCUGGGGUCACCUGAUGAUGAACAUCCUCCCUCGCUACACCUCCUUCACCACGUUCAGCUCCACCCUGUGCACGACCCCUGACCUUUCCACCAACAUCACACAGCGAGCCACGGAGAAGGAGUCGCACAUCGCCACUGCACUGCCAAGGGACACGCCCGUCAUCAGACUCACUGACGUCACUGAGGAACAGGCUCCGCCCACCAGCCUCACAGACAGAGACGAGCCGCCACCCACCAUCAUGGUGACAGAUGACACGCCCUCCUCUGUGCCUGCACUGCUGCAACUGCAACAAGAGCAGCAACAACAACAACAACAGCAACAACAACAGCAACAACAACAACAACAGCAACAACAACAACAACAGGAACAGUCGUCCAUCAACACAGAGAGAAGUGAAGAUCAGCCGGUUUCUGCGCUCAAGACGCACGUGGAAGAUUUCAAAUACAUCUCAGUUCUGGGCAGAGGUCACUUUGGGAAGGUCCUGCUGGCCGAGUUUAAGAAGACGGGGAAACUUUACGCCAUCAAGGCUUUGAAGAAACGAGACAUCGUGACUCGUGAUGAAGUGGACAGUCUCAUGAGCGAGAAGAGGAUCUUUGAGAUGAUCAACGCGUCCCGACACCCGUUCCUGGUCAACCUGCACGGCUGCUUCCAGACCAGCGACCACGUCUGCUUCGUCAUGGAGUAUUUACCAGGCGGUGACCUCAUGAUCCACAUCCACAACCACGUGUUCAGCGAGGCCCAGACCAGGUUUUACUCGGCGUGCGUCGUGCUGGGAUUAGAGUUCCUUCACCUGAAUAAAAUCAUCUAUCGAGACCUGAAGCUGGACAACCUGCUGAUGGACGCAGACGGUUUUGUGAAGAUCACAGACUUUGGACUUUGUAAAGAAGGAAUGGGUUACGGGGAUCGAACCUCGACCUUCUGCGGGACUCCAGAGUUUCUGGCCCCUGAGGUUCUGACCGAUGACAACUACACCCGGGCUGUGGACUGGUGGGGGAUGGGCGUCCUCAUCUAUGAGAUGCUCGUGGGCGAAUCUCCGUUUCCUGGCGACGACGAGGAGGAAGUGUUCGACAGCAUUGUCAACGACGACGUGCAGUAUCCUCCUGCUCUUCCUCCUGACGCUGUCGCCAUCAUCCAGAAGCUGCUGAAGAGAAAUCCUCUGAAAAGACUCGGAGCUGGAGAACGAGACGCUAACGAGGUGAAAGGAGAGAAAUUCUUUGAGACGAUCGACUGGGAAGCUCUGCUCGCCAAGAAAGUCACGCCGCCGUUUCUCCCGUCCAUCGCAGAGUCCGUCGACGUCAGCAACUUUGACAGCGAGUUCACGUGUCUGAAGCCGAUCCUGUCGCCGCCCUGCAAACCCUGCAUUCUCUCCGCCCAACAGCAGGAGGCGUUCGCCGACUUUGACUUCUGUGCACUGCACGGAUGACACGACGGCGGCGACGCCACCACACUGAAACAGACGAUUGUCGACAGGUAAACAAGCGUGACCAACCAACCAACCAACCAACCAACCACCCACCCACCCACCCAACCAACCAACAACCAAGAAACAACCAACUAACAACCACCCACCCAACCAACCAACCAACAACCAACCAACCAACCAACCACCCAACCAACCAACCAACAACCAAGAAACAACCAAGAAACAACCAAGAAACAACCAACUAACAACCAACAACCAACCAGCCACUUUCUGUUAUUAUCUAAUCAGGUAUUUAAUCGUUAGCAUUGAUUAACAAACCUUCAGAUUACACUUUAGUGUUGGAUCACGUCGUCAUGUGGAGAAGGACAAAUGUCUCCGGCCCGUGUCCCCGCCCUCGUCUUCACACAGGAAGCUGCGUAUGAACCAGAGACAGAGAUGAGGAGAGACAGAGACGAGGAGAGACUAAAUGAUAAAAUAAUCUGUUGAUUCUUUUGUUUCAGUUUAGUAAAUUAUGUUCACAUUUAGAGGAAGUGAGUGGACACCAGUGCGAUUGACAGCUGGUAUCGUCCAAUAGGAGCCCGGCUACAGGCCACGCCUCUGAACUUCAUGUUUUCAUAAAGUGACACAGAACGAAUCACGAACAUCGAGUCAAAGACGACUUUUGUGACUUCCUCCUCAAAGUCUACGACCUGAAGGGCGGGGCCAGCAGGUGACACAGUUUCACAGGGGAAACGGGGGAUUGUGGGUAAUUGUGCAGCUGAUAAACAACAUGCUUCCAACUCUGAAAAACUCAUCCCAUCAUAAACAUUUAAACUGAAGUUUAGUGACGGAAACGACUCUGACAAACAUGUUGAUCAGGAAACGUGUGUUUGUUUGUUUGUUUGUUUGUUUGUGUGUUUGUUUGUUUGUUAGGAGCAGAGACGCUGAUGUGAUUGUAGCCGUUUAUCUUCUUCUCUGCUGCUGCUGUUUCAGAUCAAUGAUGAGGCUCAAACAGGAAGCUCCA